GAGGAAGAGACACACACACACAGAUAGCAGAAGGGCACCGGCUGAAGCCACUGGCAGGACUGACUGACGCUUCCUACAAGGAAACUCUAGCAGCCUGAGGAACUAUAAGCCAGAUGGGGUGGCUGGACGAGAGCAGCUCUUGGCUCAGCAGAGAAUGCACAGUAUGAUCAGCUCAGUCGAUGUGAAGUCAGAGGUUCCUGUGGGCCUGGAGCCCAUCUCGCCUUUAGACCUAAGGACAGACCUCAGGAUGAUGAUGCCCGUGGUGGACCCUGUUGUCCGUGAGAAGCAACUGCAGCAGGAGUUACUCCUCAUCCAGCAACAGCAGCAGAUCCAGAAGCAGCUUUUGAUCGCGGAGUUUCAGAAGCAGCAUGAGAACUUGACACGGCAGCACCAGGCUCAGCUUCAGGAGCACAUCAAGUUGCAACAGGAACUUCUAGCCAUAAAACAGCAGCAAGAACUGCUAGAAAAGGAGCAGAAACUGGAGCAGCAGAGGCAAGAACAGGAAGUAGAGAGGCAUCGCAGAGAACAGCAGCUUCCUCCUCUCAGAGGCAAAGAUAGAGGACGAGAAAGGGCAGUGGCAAGUACAGAAGUAAAGCAGAAGCUUCAAGAAUUCCUGUUGAGUAAAUCAGCAACAAAAGACACUCCAACUAAUGGAAAAAAUCAUUCCGUGAGCCGCCAUCCCAAGCUCUGGUACACGGCUGCCCACCACACGUCAUUGGAUCAAAGCUCUCCACCCCUGAGUGGAACACCUCCAUCCUACAAAUACACAUUACCCGGAGCACAAGAUGCAAAGGAUGAUUUCCCCCUUCGAAAAACUGCCUCUGAGCCCAACUUGAAGGUGCGGUCCAGGUUAAAACAGAAAGUGGCAGAGAGGAGAAGCAGCCCCUUACUCAGGCGGAAGGAUGGAAAUGUUGUCACUUCAUUCAAGAAGCGAAUGUUUGAGGUGACAGAAUCUUCAGUCAGUAGCAGUUCCCCAGGAUCUGGUCCCAGUUCACCAAACAAUGGUCCAACUGGAAAUAUUACUGAAAAUGAGACUUCAGUUUUGCCACCUACUCCUCAUGCUGAGAAAAUGGUUUCACAGCAGCGCAUUCUAAUUCACGAAGAUUCCAUGAACCUGCUCAGUCUUUAUACCUCUCCGUCUUUGCCCAACAUCACCCUGGGUCUUCCAGCAGUGUCAACCCAGCUCAGUGCUUCAAAUUCACUCAAGGAAAAACAGAAGUGUGAGACCCAGACACUCAGGCAAGGUGUUCCUCUGCCUGGGCAAUACGGGGGCAGCCUCCCGGCGUCUUCAAGCCAUCCCCACGUUACUUUGGAGGGAAAGCCCAAUAGCAGCCACCAAGCUCUCCUGCAGCAUCUACUAUUGAAAGAACAAAUGCGACAGCAAAAACUUCUUGUGGCUGGUGGAGUUCCCUUACAUCCUCAGUCUCCCUUGGCAACAAAAGAGAGAAUUUCACCCGGCAUUAGAGGUACCCACAAAUUACCCCGACACAGACCCCUGAAUCGAACCCAGUCUGCACCUUUGCCACAGAGCACCUUGGCUCAGCUGGUCAUUCAGCAGCAGCACCAGCAGUUCUUGGAGAAGCAGAAGCAAUACCAGCAGCAGAUCCACAUGAACAAGCUGCUUUCGAAAUCUAUUGAACAACUGAAGCAACCAGGCAGUCACCUCGAGGAAGCAGAGGAAGAGCUUCAGGGGGACCAAGCGAUGCAGGAAGACAGAGCGCCCUCUAGUGGCAACAGCACUAGGCGUGACAGCAGUGCUUGUGUGGAUGACACAUUGGGACAAGCUGGUGCUGUGAAGGUCAAGGAGGAACCCGUGGACAGUGAUGAAGAUGCUCAGAUCCAGGAAAUGGAAUCUGGGGAGCAGGCUGCUUUUAUGCAACAGCAGUCCUUCCUGGAGCCCCAGCACACACGUGCAGUCUCCGUGCGCCAGGCUCAGCUGGCUGCUGUGGGCAUGGAGGGAUUAGAGAAAGAGCGGCUGCUCUCCAAGACCCACUCCUCCCCCGCAGCCUCCACGUUACCUCACCCAGCAAUGGACCGCCCCCUCCGGCCGGGCUCUGCAACUGGAAUUGCCUAUGAUCCUUUGAUGCUGAAACACCAGUGCAUUUGUGGCAAUUCCACCACCCACCCUGAGCAUGCUGGACGAAUACAGAGCAUCUGGUCACGGCUGCAAGAAACUGGGCUGCUAAAUAAAUGUGAGCGAAUUCAAGGUCGAAAAGCCAGCCUGGAGGAAAUACAGCUUGUUCAUUCCGAACAUCACUCACUGUUGUAUGGCACCAACCCCCUGGACGGACAGAAGCUGGACCCCAGAACACUCCUAGGUGACUCCUCUCAAAAGUUUUUUUCUUCAUUACCAUGUGGUGGACUUGGGAAUGGAUUUGCUGUGGUGAGGCCCCCAGGCCAUCAUGCUGAGGAAUCCACAGCCAUGGGGUUCUGCUUUUUUAAUUCAGUUGCAAUUACCGCCAAAUACUUGAGAGACCAACUAAAUAUAAGCAAGAUAUUGAUUGUAGAUUUGGAUGUUCACCAUGGAAAUGGUACACAGCAAGCCUUUUAUGCUGACCCCAACAUCCUGUAUAUUUCACUCCAUCGCUAUGAUGAAGGGAACUUUUUCCCUGGCAGUGGAGCCCCAAAUGAGGUUGGAACAGGCCUUGGAGAAGGAUACAAUAUAAAUAUUGCCUGGACAGGUGGCCUUGAUCCCCCCAUGGGAGAUAUUGAGUACCUUGAAGCAUUCAGAACUGUAGUGAAGCCUGUGGCCACAGAGUUUGAUCCAGACAUGGUCCUGGUUUCGGCUGGAUUUGACGCAUUAGAAGGCCACGCCCCUCCUCUGGGGGGGUACAAAGUGACAGCAAAAUGCUUUGGUCAUUUGACGAAGCAGCUGAUGACACUGGCUGAUGGGCAUGUGGUGUUGGCUCUAGAAGGAGGACAUGAUCUCACAGCCAUCUGCGAUGCAUCGGAAGCCUGCGUAAAUGCCCUUCUAGGAAAUGAGCUGGAGCCACUUGCAGAAGAUGUUCUCCACCAAACUCCAAAUAUGAAUGCCGUUAUUUCUCUACAGAAGAUCAUUGAAAUUCAAAGCAAAUACUGGAAGUCGGUAAGGAUGAUGGCAAUGCCAAGGGGCUGUGCUCUGGCUGGGGCUCAGCUGCAAGAGGAGACGGAGACUGUUUCUGCCCUGGCCUCCCUGACAGUGGAUGUGGAACAGCCCUUUGCUCAAGAAGACAACAGAACUGCUGGUGAGCCUAUGGAAGAGGAGCCAGCCUUGUGAAGUGCCAAGUCCUCCCCAGCCCCCCACCCCCGAUAUUUCCUGUGUGUGACAUCAUUGUGUAUCCCCCCACCACCCAGCACCUUCAGACAUGUCUUGUCUGCUGCCUGGGUGGCACAGAUUCGAUGGAACAUAAACACUGGGCACAAAAUUCUGAACAGCAGCUUCACUUGUUCUUUGGAUGGACUUGA